AUGCCCGUCGCUGCUCCAGCGGACAACGUUCAGAAUGCGGGCGAACCAACGGGUCCCGAUGCCUGGUUCAACUCUUUGCCCAUAAUUACGCGAGCCUGGUUCGGCAUUACACUAGUAUUGACGCUGGUGGGUAAUUUUGGGAUUCUGAGUCCUUAUUAUUACCUCUGGAAUUGGGACAAGAUGGUGGGCAAAUUCGAAGUGUGGCGCGUCUUGACUAGUUUCUGCUACGCCGGUGGAUUCGAUUUCAAUACCCUCAUUGCCAUGUACACGCUCGUCACAUUCUCCAAAAAUUACGAGACCGGUGGGCCGUUCAAUACUGGCGCGGGAGGCGGCACUGCCGAUUACGCAUUUGCCAUGCUCUUUGGCGCCGCUGCCAUUUUGGGCACAUACCCGUUAUUGUUGAGUUAUCUUCCUCCGCUGUUUUGUCGCAACAUGAUUUAUUUUGUGCUGUACAUUUGGAGUCGACGACAUCCGACAUCGCAAGCCAACAUUUGGGGCAUUCCCAUGAAAGCCAUUUACUUGCCCUUUGCCUAUUUGGCACUCACCAUUUUCAUGGGAAAUCCCUAUUUUGAUCAAUUGCACGGAAUGGUCAUUGGUCACUUGUUUUAUUUUUUGGCAGAAGUUGUGCCGCAAGUGUAUGGAAAAGAUUUGCUGCGCACACCCUUGUUCCUGAUUGAUUACUUUGGGGUGGGAAAUUAUAUACCGGCGGCACCUACGAAUAAUCAAGGACGCAAUAAUCCAUGGGCCAAUCCACCGCCCGCCGCCAAUAAUAAUGAAGCAAGACGAGGAGGAGGAUAUAAUUGGGGUGGUGGUGGACGGGCACUUGGAAGAGAUUGA